AUGGGUGAGGCAUACGACCCAAGGACCGUCUUCAGCCCCAGCCGAGAGUUGGCAGCCCGCAUCGGGAAUCAGAAGCCCCGACAAAAAACAAUCCCAUCGUCCUCAUUCUAUCGCAACCUGGAAGACGCACUAGAAGUUAAGAAGAAGUCACACACAUUCUAUUCGAUUCAACAGAACCUAUGGCAAGCGGCCGAGUCCACAGUCGACUUCAUCUCCAACGACAUUCUCUCCUUUGGUACCAGCGGUCUCCUGAAGACAGAAUACUUGAAAGAGCUUUCCCGAUAUGAUCAACACAACCCUGGGGCGCCGGGAUCGCGACUCGCCGAGGGGAACUACGCCUACAUAGAAGAAACCGAGCAGCACAUCGCUAAGUUUCACGGCGCUGAAACGGCAUUACUGCUGGCUUCUGGGUUCGAAGCAAACGUGGCCAUAUGGACGUCAGUACCGCGACCGGGCGACGUGAUUCUAUACGAUACCUUGGUGCAUGCCAGCACUCAUGAAGGGAUUGACCAGAGUCUGGCAGGAGAACGAGAGAGUUUCGCGCACAAUGACAUCGAGGACUUUCGCCGCAUCCUAACAUGGAUCAUAGAGUCCAAUCCGUUGAUCCAGAGAGGCGCAAGAUCAGUCCUAGUAGCUGUCGAGUCUGUCUAUAGUAUGGACGGCGAUGUCUGCCCGUUGCAAGAACUUGUUGAUGCAGCGAGGGAGCUGGCUCCCUGUGGGAGUGUCCAGUUUGUGGUGGACGAAGCCCAUAGUAACGGCAUCUAUGGGCCGCAAGGCAAGGGUCUUGUGUGUGCUCUUGGUCUGGAAAAAGAGGCCCAAGAAAAGGUCCACGAUCUUGUAGAUUUCUUCUUACAGUCAAUCAUAUCGCACCCCCUCUGGGAAAGCGCAGAGCAGACCGGGCUACUCGCCAUCCCUCUACUAAAAGACUGGGAAGGAUCACCAACGGCGACAUCCCACAUCAUCACGAUCCGCACCCGACAGCAAUACACAUACUGGCUGUACUUUCACCUCCUUCUAGACGGAUACUGCGUAUUCCCAGUCGAGCACCCUGUCGUUGCCAAGGGCGAAAGUCGCUUAAAGGUUACAUUCCACGCCGGCAACACGGAAGAGCAAGUAAGCGGGAUGGUAACAUCAAUUUUCGCGUGGAUCCAGGAAAUGAUGGAAAUCGAGGGAAGCCAGGAUCAUGCGCAGCGAAUUGGCGUUUCGCAAGCUGCACACAAGGUCUAUACUUGGAUGGCGCAUGAAGAGCUGACUGGGUUUGGCAUGCCUGCUUCGAUGAGCACAUACGCCGUCCAAUGUAUCUUUGCGCACAACUUCAUCACGCCAACCUUUCUACAAGAGCAAAAGACUAAACCCGAACUUACCAAGCGCAUUGAAGGCACGUCGGGCGAGCUUCACGAGUUGGAGAAGCAAUUUCCCUACGCUGCGAAGAUUGCGCCCGAGAUUGUGGCAAAUGUCGCGAGCGGCGACUAUGCUGUAUGUGAUGGGAGAUUCGAUCCUCAGCUAUUGUGGGCGAAUGCUAUGGGUGCGAGUCCGCGGCGCGGAUGGGGGAUCGUAGAUACGCUGAUGGCUAUGUUCAUGCUUCUCGCGUGGCCGUUCGUGAGGCGCGAUAUGGAGAAGAAGUGCUGGGGUGAUGCGUUGGGUGCAAAAUAG